ACUACUAACUUUUAGCGAUAGUAAUGUCUGUUUAAUAUUCUUCCACUUCUUCCAUUAACUGUUACGCCGUAUCAUCCUGAUUAUAGGCCCUUCAUCCGGUUCCUGGGUCAUUCAAGAGGUUGUCGACUGGUGCUAACGCCAAGUCUUAACGCACCCACUGCUGCGCAUUGUGUCCGACUUUCCCGAGUUCUCGGUCGAGUGUAGUGAUUCUAUUCAUGCUGGUUCGAGUCUAUGUCUGAGUUCCCUCUGCAUACAUUUGGUCGAUCACGAAAGUCUAGAGCUGGUUACGCUGCCCUCAGUAACGAAUAUUCACCCAUUGACAACGAAGAGGGUGCUUCGGACAGCAUGCCGAUGAACGUUCGAGCGGCCGCUGUGGCUACAGUCAACAGGAAGGGUAAGCGCAGGGACGUCCUUGAAGAGGAGGCCACACUUUUGGGGGACGAGCAUCGUGAGGAAGGUGGAUACGACGAACAGCCAGAAUCCUCACGGCGGUUGGCCAGUUUGAAAAGGCACAAGUCUUCUGUGAAUGACAAGUCGCGGACUAUUCCAUUUCGGCCACCAGAUAAAUUCCGGAAACGAUUUCCACCCAAUAUCGUGCGCAAUCAAAAGUACAACGCAUUUACAUUCCUGCCUAUCGUAUUCUACGAGCAAUUUAAGUUCUUCUUCAACCUAUAUUUCCUGCUGGUCGCCCUGUCGCAGUUCAUUCCUGCUCUCAAGAUCGGUUUCAUCGCAACCUACAUUGCCCCUCUCGCAUUUGUGUUGUGUGUUACGAUAGGGAAAGAAGCAUACGACGAUUACCAGCGGAACCUUCGCGAUCGAGAAGCCAAUUCGCAGAAGUAUCUGGUGUUGGAGCCUACCUCUUACUCUGCUUCCGCCCCAGAUGGCGGCCCACAUACCCGUGCUGUGCCAUCUUCGUCACUCAGUGUCGGUGACCUGGUCUUGCUUGAGAAGAACGACCGAGUGCCUGCCGAUCUCGUGCUACUUCGAACUUCGGAUGCCUCAGGGACAUGUUUCAUCCGUACGGACCAGCUGGACGGAGAAACGGAUUGGAAGCUCCGUGUCGCUGUACCGGGAUGCCAAAAGUUCAGUAGAGAUAGCGACCUGCUAACGUUGGACGCUGAGAUAUACGCGGAUGCGCCCAUCAAGGAUAUUCACACAUUCAUUGGCACUUUCACGAUUAAUUUUCCACCCACCAACUCCGUAAACGAUGUGCCCAUGGUUCAAGUGCCGACUGUCGAGCCUCUAACAGUUGAAAAUAUCUUAUGGUCCAAUACCGUCCUCGCAGCAGGUUCUGCUAUUGGUUUCAUCAUAUACACUGGUCCAGAGACUCGCGCAGUCAUGAAUACGAGCCAUCCGGAGACCAAGGUUGGUCUUCUAGAUAUCGAGAUUAAUAGGCUGGCAAAGAUCCUGUGCGCAGUCACAUUUGCCUUGUCUGUCCUGCUGGUAGCACUGAACGGCUUCCGCGGACAGUGGUACGUCUAUAUCUUCCGUUUCCUUAUUCUCUUUUCGUCCAUUAUACCCAUCAGUCUGCGUGUGAAUUUGGACAUGGGCAAAACUGUGUAUGCCCAGCAAAUCAUGAAAGACAGCGAGAUACCCCUUACCAUCGUCCGUACGAGCACACUCCCGGAAGAACUUGGUCGAAUAGAGUACCUUCUCAGUGACAAGACUGGUACCCUCACACAGAACGAGAUGGAAAUGAAGAAGCUCCAUAUGGGGACUGUCUCAUACGGAAACGACUCUAUGGAUGAAGUUGCCCAUCAGCUAGCUAUGGCAUUCGGCGCUUCGACGGAACCUGGAAAUGGUUCCACAGUUACCGGCAUACAAUUGGCUUCAAGAGGACGAAGAGAUAUGUCGUCGCGAGUGCACGACGUGGUCCUCAGUCUGGCCCUAUGCCACAAUGUUACUCCAGUGCUAAACGAUGAUGGUACAGUGACAUACCAAGCAUCGUCACCUGACGAAGUCGCCAUCGUGAAAUGGACGGGAUCUGUUGGUCUCACACUAACGUCCCGCGACCGCACAAGAAUCGAACUUCAAACCCCAACUGGCUCCCGAAUGAACUUCGAAGUUUUGGAAUUAUUCCCAUUCACGUCCGAGUCCAAACGGAUGGGUAUCGUCGUACGUGAUUCCCAGACUGGCGAGAUCACGUUCCUUCAGAAGGGAGCCGAUGUAGUCAUGGCUAAGAUCGUGCAACGGAACGACUGGCUAGAAGAAGAAUGCGCUAACAUGGCUCGUGAAGGCCUUCGUACCUUGGUCAUGGCGCGGCGAAAGCUGAGUCAAUCGAGUUAUGAAGAGUUCAAACAGCAGUAUCAUCAAGCGAGCGUCCGUCUCGAGGGUCGGAACGAAGCCAUGGCAGAGGUUGUAGCGCAGUAUCUGGAGCAUGAUCUUGACCUUCUGGGUUUGACUGGUGUCGAAGACAAGUUGCAGGAUGAUGUCAAAUCGACUCUGGAGUUGUUGCGAAAUGCAGGUAUCAAGAUAUGGAUGCUUACUGGUGACAAGAUCGAAACAGCAACGUGUAUUGCUAUCUCGACGAAACUUGUUGCACGGAAUCAGUAUAUUCACCAAGUCGCCAAGCUCAAGACAUCAGAUCAGGUUCGCGAUGAACUGGAGUUCCUUCAGAACAAGCUGGACUGUUGUUUGGUCAUUGACGGAGACUCGCUGCAGCUUUGCCUCAACAUGUUCAAGAACGAGUUCAUCGAAAUCGCUACCAAGCUUUCAGCCGUCGUAGCAUGUCGAUGUUCACCAACGCAGAAAGCAGAUGUUGCAAGACUCAUCAGAAGGCAUACAAGGAAACGUGUAUGCUGUAUCGGUGACGGUGGCAACGAUGUUAGUAUGAUACAAGCCGCAGACGUCGGUGUCGGUAUCGUCGGAAAGGAAGGCAAACAGGCCUCAUUAGCGGCCGACUUCUCCGUUACGCAGUUUAGCUAUCUCACGAAGUUGCUUCUAUGGCACGGCCGAAAUUCGUACAGGCGUUCUGCGAAACUGGCACAAUUCGUCAUUCAUCGUGGACUUAUCAUUUCUGUGAUGCAAGCCGUCUUUUCAGCCAUUUUCUACUUCGCGCCAAUCGCGUUGUACCAAGGUUGGCUUAUGGCAGGAUAUGCCACCGUAUAUACGAUGGCGCCGGUGUUCUCGCUGGUCCUGGACCGGGAUGUCAGCGAGGAUUUAGCGCUUCUGUAUCCUGAACUGUAUAAGGAGUUGACCAAGGGUCGGGUGCUGUCAUAUAAGACAUUCUUUAUUUGGUUGAUGAUCAGUCUGUACCAAGGUGCUGCUAUCAUGAUAAUGUCCCUGGUUCUUUUCGAGAACGAAUUCCUCAAUAUCGUCGCCAUUUCCUUCACCGCGCUCAUUCUCAACGAGCUUAUCAUGGUUGCCCUCGAAAUCACAACAUGGCAUAUCUACAUGGUCGUCGCAGAGAUAGUCACUCUUUGCUUCUACAUGCUCAGUAUGAUUUUCUUACCGGAAUACUUCGAUCUGACAUUCGCCCUCUCCACUCGGUUCGCCUGGAAAGUUGCCGUCAUCGUCGCGAUUAGCGCAAUUCCUCUAUACAUAAUCAAAUUCAUACGGAGCAGAGUAGCUCCAGCCGCCUCUAGCAAACUACUCUAACUUAUAAACUUAUCUCAUUUAUAUCGAUCACUCACGUGGAUUUUUCAUGGUCAUUUGUAAAUGAGUCUUUCAAUUUGUAUUUGAUAUCAUUAUCAUCAAGGUCAGUGACAGCAAUGCUGGUACGUGGUGGGGGUGUGGCAAUUUGAAUGAGUGAGCAGCAAGAUCGGAAUGGAGAAAGAACAGAUUGCAGGUAUGUCAAAGAAACAAGGUAAAAUACGAGGAUGUAGUGAUGUAGUAGGGCGGAAGAACAACGAUUGAAGAAUUGUCAG